AUGGCAUUGCAGUCAGAGCUUCAGAAGCAUGGGAUCAGUUUCGAGGAAUUGGACCGACCUCCGCACGACCCUCUGCUGUAUCCCGCCAUCCGCUGCUGCCGGGCCUUCAUUUGCCCCAACAGCGACAAGGCGCUACAGGUGGCGAAUCGCCCUGGGCGGGCUGCGGCGGUCGCCGCCGGCGUGCGGGGCUUGGUCCAAAGCGCAAGACAGGCAGCAGAAGCCUGGGAAAAGGAGCGCGUCCUGGCGCAAAGCACGCGCUUGGAAGAUCCGCUGCCUGUGACGCUGGUGAUUGACUCUGUGCGCUCCACCCAGAAUGUGGUGUCCUUGCUGGAGACCUGUGCCACGGCCGGUGUGGCGGAGGUUAUCUUUUGUGGCAUUACCCCGGCACCUCCCAUGUAUUCCAUCCUCCGACGGGCUCGCACCGCCGCUGCGCAGGUGCCUUCCAGCUUUGCCGUUUCUGCAAAGGAGGCCGUCAGCAAACUUCAGGCCACUGGUGUUCAAGUCUGGGCGCUGGAGACGACAUCGCGGGCACGCCCUCUGGAAGAAAUGCCACUGCCUGAAGAGCCCCUAGCGCUGAUUGUCGGCAACGAGAAGUACGGCGUGUCCGUGGACGCCCUCGAGAGCUGUGACGAGCACGUGUGCAUCACAACCGUAGGGAUCAAGAACUCCCUCAACGUGGCGGUUGCUGGCA